AUGGACCUCACACAGCCACGCGUCGGAGAUCGAGAAGCGGACUGCACGUGCAUGGAAGGCUGCUCCCUAGCGGACGACAUCCCAAAAUCGAGGGUAGCCCUUUACCAAGUCGUCGUCUUCAUCGACAGACUGCCAUGGGGCAAGCGUACAUCAACCAUGGGCAUGAUGCAAGAGCUGGCUGGCGAUGGGCUGCUACCAUCCCUUGGUGAAUCCAUUCAUUCGUUGCGUCAACAGAUCCUGUCCAUAGGACCGAGGAUGGACGCCAUCGACGGUCCUUGGACCCACGGACAAGGCCAGCAGAUCCCCACGCGACAUGUCCAGCGCCAUUGCUAUUUCAACGACCGUGUUGUUACCUAA